UCUUCCUUCAACGGCCUGUAGUUUUUCCCAAUCUUCUCUGUUUCCUUCCGUUCGAUCCCCCAAAAUCUUCGUUUUCUUGUUUCUAUUUGCGUGAUUCGGUCUCGAGUUUGCUUUCCGAGAAGAUCCAUGGCGAGUCGGCGGGCAUCGUCACCCGCUUCCCCGGUGACGAUCACUGUCUGCUCCUCUGGUGGGAAGGAAGGCGGCGAUGGACCCCUCCGCCGGAGCAUCGGCUUGACUAGUCCGGUCCCGCGCCACUCUUUCUCCAACAAACCUGACUCCCCUGCCGCCAGGCCUUCCAGCUGCGGCCUCUCAGGCGGCGGGGCGCGGUACUGCUCCGUGGCCGAGAACGAUGAGAGCCAUGAACGCACCUCCUCCGACUUCGUCCGUUACACCGUCCACAUCCCGCCGACCCCGGACCACCAGCCGGCACCUCCGCCGGAAGAGACCGACGAGCCUGAGCUUCAGCCUCACCGAAGCUUCAUCUCCGGCACCAUCUUCACCGGCGGGUUCAAUUGCGUGACCCGCGGCCACGUCAUCGAGUGCUCGGCCGAAAGCGUGCAGGUGGCGAAAUCCGCUGGGCUCUUCUGCAAGAUCAAUGGAUGCGACGGCGAGGCGCUCCUCAAAGGGAUAAAACCGCCGUGCGAAUGCGGGUUCCUGAUCUGCAAAGACUGCUACUCGGAGUGCGCCGGGGACGGAGGAGGGCUGUGUCCUGGGUGCAAGGAGCCUUACGGGACCGUGAUCGACGAGGAGGGUGAGGGUUCGGCUUCUGAGGACGAGGGGAGAACCCUUCCUUUGACCUCGAUAGCGGAGUUCAAUCUCAAGUCCGGGAAGAGGCUAUCGAUGGUGAGAUCGAUGAAAGCACCGCACCAGCCAGGGGAGUUCGAUCACAACCGUUGGCUCUUCGAGACCAAGGGAACAUACGGGUAUGGCAAUGCAGUGUGGCCGACAGAUGGAUUCGGCGGCAACGGAGCUGAGUACAAGGGUUUCGAGGAGCCACCGGACUUCGAGGGAAAAUGCAGAAGGCCACUGACAAGAAAGAAUGCGGUGUCCCAAGCAAUUCUCAGUCCAUACAGGAUGCUCAUAGUGAUUCGCCUUCUUGCCCUUGGCCUUUUCCUUACUUGGAGGAUUCGACACCCUAAUCAUGAUGCCAUAUGGCUAUGGGGAAUGUCUGUAGCUUGUGAGGUGUGGUUUGCAUUUUCUUGGCUCUUAGACCAGCUUCAGAAGCUUUGUCCAGUUAACAGAGCAACGGAUCUCUCCGUCCUCAACGAACGCUUCGAGUCCCCGAGCAUUAGAAACCCCAAAGGCCGAUCUGAUCUUCCCGGAGUUGAUGUAUUUGUGUCGACAGCUGAUCCAGAAAAAGAACCGCCUUUAGUCACAGCAAACACAAUCCUCUCCAUCCUUGCAGUCGACUACCCGGUUGAGAAACUUGCUUGUUACUUAUCAGAUGAUGGAGGUUCUCUUCUGACAUUUGAAGCCCUGGCUGAAACUGCUAGCUUUGCAAGAAUUUGGGUUCCCUUCUGCAGAAAGCAUGCCAUAGAGCCAAGGAACCCGGAGUCCUACUUUGGCCAGAAGCGCGACUUUCUAAAGAACAAAGUCCGUCAGGAUUUUGUUCGAGAGAGGAGGAAGGUUAAGAGGGAAUAUGAUGAGUUUAAAGUAAGAAUAAAUUCUUUGCCUGAAUCCAUCAGGCGGCGAUCUGAUGCAUACAAUGCACACGAAGAGCUACGAUCUAAGAAGAAACAAAUGGAGAUGAAAGACGACAUUUUGGAACCGACUGAGUUUGUCAAAGCAACCUGGAUGUCUGAUGGAUCACACUGGCCUGGGACAUGGUUUUCAGCUGCACCUGAUCAUUCUAGAGGCGAUCAUGCUGGUAUAAUUCAGGUGAUGCUAGUUCCUCCAAACCCUGAACCAGUAAUUGGAAAUGUGGAACAAGAAAGUUUUAAUCUUAUAAACACCACUGAUGUCGACAUCCGACUUCCAAUGCUUGUCUAUGUUUCCCGCGAGAAGAGACCAGGAUAUGAUCACAACAAGAAGGCUGGUGCGAUGAACGCUUUGGUUAGAACAAGUGCAAUAAUGUCCAAUGGCCCCUUCGUUCUGAAUCUGGAUUGUGAUCACUACAUCUACAAUUCCUUGGCUCUAAGAGAAGGGAUGUGCUUCAUGCUUGACAGAGGUGGUGACAGGAUAUGCUAUGUCCAAUUUCCUCAGAGGUUUGAUGGAAUUGACCCUAGUGACAGGUAUGCUAAUAACAAUUUGGUGUUCUUUGAUGUCACUAUGAGGGCCAUGGAUGGAUUGCAAGGUCCAAUGUAUGUUGGAACAGGCUGCAUUUUUCGAAGGACUGCUCUUUAUGGGUUUAGCCCUCCUCGUGCCACCGAACACCAUGGUUGGUUUGGAAGGAAGAAGACUAAACUUUUCCUGAGGAAACCUACAAUGGGGAAGAAGCAUGAUCGCGACGAAAAGGACAUCAUAUUACCACCUAUCGCAGAUGAUGAGAACGACGAGUUAGAUAUAGAAUCAGCAUUGUUGCCAAAGAGGUUUGGUAGUUCAGCCACUUUAGCAGCAUCCAUUCCAAUAGCUGAAUAUCAAGGAAGGCUACUUCAAGACAUGCCUGGAGUUCGACAAGGCAGACCUGCCGGUUCUCUGGCAGUCCCUCGAGAACCACUCGAUGCUGCAACGGUAGCGGAAGCAAUCAGUGUUGUAUCUUGCUUCUACGAGGACAAAACGGAAUGGGGCCAACGAGUUGGCUGGAUAUAUGGUUCUGUCACUGAGGAUGUUGUGACGGGUUACAGGAUGCACAACAGAGGGUGGAGGUCGAUCUACUGCGUCACCAAGAGGGAUGCAUUCAGAGGGACAGCUCCAAUCAAUCUAACCGAUAGGCUGCAUCAAGUCCUCCGGUGGGCGACCGGUUCAGUCGAGAUAUUCUUCUCCCAAAACAAUGCAAUCUUUGCGAGCAGGAGGAUGAAGUUCUUGCAAAGAGUAGCCUACUUCAACUGUGGCAUCUACCCCUUCACUUCAAUCUUUCUAUUGGUGUACUGCAUUCUUCCAGCAAUCUCUCUAUUCACAGGCCAGUUUAUUGUUCAAUCCCUCAGCGUUACAUUUUUGAUACUGCUCCUCGCAAUCACCAUUACUCUCUGCUUGCUCGCAUUGUUGGAGAUCAAGUGGUCCGGCAUCACAUUGCACGAGUGGUGGAGGAAUGAGCAGUUCUGGUUAAUUGGAGGUACUAGCGCUCACCCAGCUGCUGUCCUGCAAGGAUUGCUGAAGGUCAUUGCCGGCGUGGACAUAUCAUUCACUUUAACAUCAAAACCUGCGACCGACGAUGACGCUGCUGCUUUCGCUGAGCUCUACGUCGUGAAGUGGAGCUUCUUGAUGGUGCCUCCAAUUACAAUUAUGAUGAUGAACAUGAUAGCCAUAGCCGUGGGGACUGCAAGAGCAAUGUACAGUCAGUUCCCACAGUGGAGCAGGCUUCUGGGAGGUGUGUCCUUCAGCCUCUGGGUUCUUUGCCAUCUGUAUCCGUUUGCUAAAGGCCUGAUGGGAAGGAGAGGGAAGGUGCCGACGAUCGUAUUUAUAUGGUCCGGUCUACUCUCGAGUAUCAUCUCCUUGCUUUGGGUUUACAUAAGCCCCCCAGCAGGAGGAAGGAGGGAUUACAUGAGCUUCCAGUUCCCUUAGGAAGAAGGAGGGUACGGGUUUGCUUUCAAUAUUUUCUACAUGAAGCUUCCUCCAGUUUCCUUAGGUGGAAGGAGAAGUACCAUACAUGAAGAUGACUCCAGGUUUAGUCUCCACCUGGCGCAUACAAAAUAGCUGAAGCUUUUUUAGUUCAUCUACCUGUUAUCAGUGUUUUAGCUGUUAGAUUCAGUUAGUCUGCAGUUUUAGCUACCUUAGAAUUUGCAUCUCACAUUAUGUCUCAAUUUGUGUGUGUUUGUUAGAUAUAGUUGAAAUAUUUGAAUCAGAUGUUGAUCUGUACAUGGAAUUAUUAGUCUAGAUAAACCAACUCUGCAGUCUGGAAUCUGGAGUAGAUGCACCAGCGGAGCAACAAUUCCAACAA